AUGGAACAUGGCCCCAGAAUAGCAAGGUCCCCAAAAGGCGAAUACCCCGGCCUCUCUGGCAAGGAGUCAAACCCACUCAAUACCACCGACCCGAACUCCCCCUAUAUAUCUGUCACCGACGAUGCUCUCUUCGUAGAUUCGGACCCAGGUCACUCUUUUCAAGCGAUCCGAGAACAGAUUUUUGGGUCGAAUGAUAGCUCGGCUGACCCAGCUCCGAUGAACGGCUUUGCCCAGCAAGCGGAGAGCAUGGGUGAAGGAAUGAGCAAAACCGUGAUGAGUGGAUUUAAACCGAGUCGAUUACCGGUGUACUCAAAGUUAGCGAACGAGUUCGGCGUUUUCGACCGGUGGUUCGCUUCGGUUCCCGCCUCGACUCAACCGAACCGGUUUUACGUUCAUUCAGCUACAUCGUUUGUAGCGAUGAGUAAUGUGAGGAAAGACCUCGUCAAUGGAUUCCCCCAAAAGACGAUUUUCGAUUCGUUGGACGAAAAUGGCCUCAGCUUCGGCAUUUAUUACCAAAAUAUCCCGGCUACCCUUUUCUUCAAAAGCCUCAGGAAAUUGAAGUUCUUAAUCAAAUUCCACAGUUAUGCUUUGAAGUUCCGCCUCCACGCGCGGCUCGGGAAGCUCCCGAAUUACGUGGUGGUGGAGCAACGCUACUUCAACGUCAAUUUGUUCCCGGCGAACGACGAUCACCCGUCGCAUGAUGUGGCGCUUGGGCAGAAGUUUGUGAAGGAGGUGUACGAGAUACUGAGGAGUAGUCCCCAGUGGAAAGAGAUGGCUCUUUUGAUUACUUACGACGAGCACGGAGGGCUUUAUGAUCACGUGCCGACUCCGGUCUCAGGUGUGCCUAACCCGGACGGAAUAGUGGGACCCGACCCGUAUUAUUUCAAGUUCAAUAGGCUUGGUGUUAGGGUCCCUACUCUAUUGAUCUCUCCCUGGAUCGACAAGUCCACCGUGAUCCAUGAACCAACUGGACCAACACCAUUUUCGCAGUUUGAACAUUCUUCCAUCCCUGCAACAGUGAAGAAGCUUUUCAACCUGAAUUCAAAUUUCCUGACAAAGAGGGAUGUGUGGGCUGCAACAUUCGAGAAUUAUUUUAACCUGCGGAGUACUCCUCGUACUGACUGCCCUGAAACACUUCCCGAGGUAACAACAUCACUGAGGCCAUGGGGACCAAAAGAAGACGCUAUCUUGUCGGAAUUCCAAGUUGAACUCGUUCAGCUUGCAUCACAACUCAAUGGUGAUCAUGUCCUCAAAUCUUACCCAUAUAUCGGGAAAAGCAUGAGAGUAGGUGAAGCCAACCAAUAUGUAGAGAAUGCAGUCAAGAGGUUCCUGGAAGCUGGAAGAGCUGCUAUAAGAGCUGGAGCUAAUGAUUCCGCAAUCGUAACAAUGAGGCCUUCACUUACCAGUCGAAUUGAAGAUAGGAGCCAAUACGUCGAAGCCUAUUAGUCCUAUACAACUAUCCCCGCCCCACUGUAAUAUAAAUCUAGAUUAUUAUAUCUACACGUAUAGCAAAUAUCCCAAGUAUACUAGCAUAAAAAAACUUAAUAUCAAUGACUUAAGCUGUAAUUAUUCAUAUAUUAUC